GAAGAGAGGAGGAGUUGGAGGAGGAGGAGGAGCGAGGCGAGGUUUUCAAAUGUGAUGGGAAGCGGGUCCUCUUGCUUCAGGCCGGUCCACCACCGGACGGACCGGAGGCAGCACCAGGCUGACCAGGGCGGCCACCAGGCGGACCUGAUCUUCGCCGCCGCCGCCGCCGAGCCCCUGGACGAAACCCUAGGCCACUCCUUCUGCUACGUCCGAUCCUCCGCCCGCUUCCUGUCCCCGACCCCGAGCGACCGGUUCGUCUCCCCCACCCACUCCCUCCGGUUCGACGACGCGGGGCCCGCCAGGGCCCGGGCCGGGCCGGAGACCGGCUUCCGGGCCAUCUCCGGCGCCUCCGUCAGCGCGAACGCGCCGGCGCCGAGGACCGUCGUCCAGGUGGACGGUGUCUUCGACGAUGCCGCCGCCGCCGAGGGCGCGCACGGCGGCGGCGGCGGCGGCGUCGGAAGCUUGAAGGGAGGUCCGCUGAAUAUCUUCGAGAGCACGUCGUCGUUCUGCGCGCUGCCGCUCCAGCCCGCGCCUCGCGGUGGAGGGGAGCAGCCCGCCUCUGGCCUGAUGGAACGGGGCGGAGGCUUGUUCCUGUCUGGGCCGAUCGAGCGUGGGGCGCUCUCUGGGCCGCUGGAGGCUGGUUCCGGAGCCGACGGGAGCGGGCGGGUCCCAUUUUCAGCUCCGCUAGGUGGGGUUUACGUGAGGAAGAAGAGGAGGAGGAAGGGGAUUUCGUCGAUUAAGAAGGCGUUGUACGGGAAUUUUGCAGAGAAGCAGGGGCCUUGGGUCGUGCCGGUGCUGAAUUUCGUGGGGAAGAAGGAGGCCGCAGAGAAGGACGAGGCCGAGGCUGCGAUUGUGGCGAGGAGUGAGGGAGAGAAUGUGCAAUGGGCGUUGGGGAAGGCAGGCGAGGAUCGGGUGCACGUGGUUGUUUCGGAAGAGCAGGGUUGGCUGUUCGUAGGGAUAUACGACGGGUUCAAUGGCCCCGAUGCACCCGAGUUCUUGAUGGAUAAUCUAUAUCGAGCGGUUUAUCUUGAGCUUCAGGGCUUGUUUUGGGAGGCUAUUGAAGAAGGUGAGGAAGGUGGUAAUUUAAUGAACGUGGUAAAUGAAAAUGUAGCAACAUUAGAGGAGAUCAACCCAUCAAUAGAAAAGCCUAUCGAUGAGAUUAAAACUGACUCAAACCAGGAUAGUUCGGAUAGGGGUUCAGCGAAAAGAGUGACAUUCCAAUCUGAGGGAAUUGAGAUAAGGAGGAGGAGGCUUUGGGAGUUUCUUGCUGAGGAUGAUACUGAAGAUGGGUUGGAUCUCUCGGGGUCACAGAGGUUCGCUUUCUCUGUGGAUGAUGCGAUCAGCGUGAGCAAUGCAGGGUCUGCCGUGAAUAGGAGGUGGUUGCUUUUGUCGAAAUUGAGACAUGGGUUGUCGAAGGACGGACAGGUGAGAAAAUUGUUCCCUUGGCGGUUUGGCUUGAAGGAAAAGGUUGAGGUGGAAAACAGAGUGGAGGAGAGGCCAAAUAAAAGUGGUAGAAGGCGUAAAGAGGGUCCGGUGGAGCAUGAGUUGGUAUUGAGAGCUAUGUCAAGGGCCCUUGAAGUGACGGAGCUCGCUUAUUUGGACAUGACUGAUAAGGUGCUUGACACAAAUCCCGAGCUUGCAUUAAUGGGCUCGUGUUUGUUGGUGGUGUUGAUGAGGGACGAGGAUGUGUAUGUGAUGAAUGUGGGCGAUAGUCGGGCCAUUGUUGCGCAGAGUGAGGCCGAAGAGGUUGGCUCUAGUAUUGGCUCAGGAGUGCAGAGUGGUAAAGAGCCCUCGAUGGAGGGGAUAGUUGAGGAAUCCUUGGAUAGUGAAAGGAAUAAGAAGGUGGAAAAAGAAGGCCCUGCUCAGUCUGUGAGAUUGACGGCGUUGCAGCUCUCCACUGAUCACAGUACCAGCAUCGAAGAAGAAAUAAUUAGAAUAAAAAAUGAACACCCUGAUGACAACCAGUGUAUUGUCAAUGAUAGAUUGAAAGGUCGUCUUAAGGUCACAAGAGCAUUUGGAGCAGGAUUCCUGAAACAGCCUAGAUGGAACAACGCCGUAUUGGAAGUGUUUCGUAAUGUAUAUAUUGGAACAGCACCUUAUCUCUCCUGCUCGCCUUCUCUUCGCCACCAUAAGCUUCACCCAAGGGAUCAAUUUUUAAUCCUGUCAUCUGAUGGUUUAUAUCAGUACCUGAGCAAUCAGGAAGUUGUUGCUUAUGUAGAAAGUUUUAUGGAGAAGUUUCCAGAUGGAGAUCCAGCUCAACACUUGAUUGAGGAACUUCUAUCUCGUGCAGCCAAGAAAGCUGGCAUGGACUUCCAUGAAUUGCUAGACAUUCCUCAAGGCGAUCGAAGAAAGUACCAUGAUGAUGUCACGGUUAUGGUGAUAUCGCUUGAGGGAAGAAUAUGGAAAUCUUCUGGAAAAUAUUUUUGACCUCGAUAUAAGGAAAGAUCUUCAAAUCAGCAAUGCUCGUACAAACGCAUGUUGCAGUCAGUUCAUCUGCGAGCGACUGGAGAAUUGAGUUUGCCCACCCUUUUUACAAACGGGUACUGUUAGGAUCGGCGGCCUCAAAGCGUAAGCUGCGUUAACAAAGGCGUGACCCCAGCCGAUUAUGAGUAAAAAAACCAACACUGAGGAUCGAGUAGGUUAUGUAGAAAUAUGGUCCCGAGAUGGGUAUAACUAGAACCUAGGAGGGUCUGGCUGCGAAUUGCGAAAUGCCUACUGGGGGCAAAAUGUUUCUUCUUC